GAGGAGAGAGGGGAACCACGUGUGUCCAGCACCAACACUAUGUACAGCUCUGUCCUUCCUCUGUAGACUUGUUUUUGUAAGCCUCUUGUUACCCUUCGCAUGCAGCCUCUCGAAACGGUUCGGAGUUUUUCUACCUCAACAAUAAACGAGCCGCACAACUGCUGAGAGCCGCACAGGAGGGGGAGGAGGUUUCUGGAACCACAAACACUGACCGCCGACCAUGGUGAGCAAGACAGAUGACAUCCCGGCGUCAGUGCCUGGCUGUAACCCGGUCAUGGAUGGAGCUGAGGACGGAGCCCUGCAGGCUACCGGAGCCAGUGUGAAGGAGCCCUGCGGCUGCGCUCACGGUGCAGAUACAGCCAUGGUGAACGGUGACGCUGCCCUCCCGGAGGAGGGCGAGCUGAAGCAGGAAGGGAACUGCGAGGCAGAUGGUGGCGAGGACUCCAACGAACAGGAAGUGAUAGUGAUCCAGGACACGGGCUUCACCGUUAAGAUCCAGGCGCCUGGAACGGAGCCGUUCGACCUGCAGGUGUCCCCACAGGAAAUGGUGCAGGAAAUCCACCAGGUGUUGAUGGACCGCGAGGAUACCUGCCACCGCACCUGUUUCUCCCUGCAGCUGGACGGAAACGUGCUGGACAACUUCGCCGAGCUCAAGUCCAUCGAGGGUCUGCAGGAGGGCUCUCUGCUCAAAGUGGUGGAAGAGCCUUACACCGUACGAGAGGCCCGGAUUCAUGUGCGUCACAUCAGAGACCUGCUGAAAAGCCUGGACCCCUCAGACGCCUACAAUGGCGUGGACUGCAACUCCCUGUCCUUCCUCAGCAUCUUUACUGAUGGAGACCUUGGAGAUAGCGGAAAGAGAAAGAAGAAAGGCACCGAGCUGGAGCAGAUCGACUGCACCCCUCCAGAACAUAUCUUACCCGGCAGCAAAGAGCGCCCCCUGGUGCCCCUCCAGCCACAGAACAAAGACUGGAAGCCCAUGCAAUGCCUGAAGGUCCUGACCAUGAGUGGCUGGAACCCUCCGCCUGGAAACAGGAAGAUGCACGGCGACCUCAUGUACCUCUACAUUGUGACAGUGGAGGAGCGCCAUGUGAGCGUCACGGCCUCAACACGAGGCUUCUACCUCAAUCAAUCCACAACCUACACCUUCAACCCAAAGCCAGCCAACCCCAGCUUCCUGAGCCACUCUCUGGUGGAGCUGCUGAGCCAGAUCAGCCCGGCCUUCAAGAAGAACUUCACCUCGUUGCAAAAGAAAAGAGUCCAGAGACACCCGUUUGAGAGGAUAGCCACUCCUUUCCAGGUGUACAGCUGGACGGCUCCACAGGUGGACCAUGCAAUGGACUGCGUCAGAGCUGAGGAUGCCUACACUUCCCGCCUUGGUUAUGAGGAGCACAUACCAGGACAGACCAGAGACUGGAACGAGGAGCUGCAGACCACCAGGGAGCUGCCACGGAAGAACUUACCUGAGAGACUGCUGCGUGAGAGAGCCAUUUUCAAGGUCCACAGCGACUUUGCAGCUGCUGCCACUCGUGGCGCCAUGGCAGUGAUUGACGGUAACGUGAUGGCGAUUAACCCGGGCGAGGAAACUCGCAUGCAAAUGUUCAUCUGGAACAACAUUUUCUUCAGUCUGGGCUUCGACGUGCGGGACCACUAUCGUGAGCUAGGCGGCGACGCCGCUGCCCAUGCCGCACCGACGAAUGACUUAAACGGAGUGCGAGCUUACGGGGCGGUGGAUGUGGAGGGCCUCUACACCCUGGGGACAGUGGUGGUGGACUACAGAGGCUACAGAGUAACGGCACAGUCCAUCAUCCCAGGGAUCCUGGAGCGAGAGCAGGAGCAGAGCGUCAUCUACGGCUCCAUUGAUUUCGGGAAGACUGUGGUGUCUCACGGCAAAUAUCUGGAGCUGCUUGAUAAAACCAGCCGGCCUUUAAAGGUCCAGCGACACAAGGUGCUGAAUGAGAAAGAGGAAUCGGUGGAGUUGUGCUCCUCCGUGGAAUGUAAAGGCAUCAUCGGUAAUGAUGGCAGACACUACAUCCUGGACCUACUUCGAACCUUUCCCCCUGACUUGAACUUCCUGCCUGUGGACGGCGAGGAGCUGUCUGCAGAGAGCCAGCGCCAAGGCUACCCCCGGCAGCACCGCCAUCGCUUGGCAUGUCUUCGCCAAGAGCUCAUUGAGGCCUUCGUCGAGCACAGAUAUCUUCUUUUCAUGAAGAUGGCAGCUCUGCAGCUAAUGCAGCAAAAGGCAAACAAAGACUCUAACAAAACAGACAUGCCUGCAAUUAGCGAGACCUCAGAGGCGCAGGCAGAUGUCAGUGUUGAUGCCACACAGACUGCUGCUGCAGAAGGAGCCACUGAUAACAAUGGCCCCACAGAAAACAGCAACCCCACCACCUCGCAAAUUUCAACUGAAAGUGAAGAAAACUCCUCAAAGCCCACAACAAACGGGCCUGUAGACCCUGCAGGCACCCGAAACAACGAAUGCAAAAGCCCACUGGAGGGUAAGGAGCUUGAGGAAAGUAUUCCAGGAUUAGCUCAGGCCAAAGAGCUGGCGGAGACCUUAGUAUCCGAAGAUGGAUCUGGUAUUGAUCCCAAAAGCAGAGAGGUGGUCCUCAACGCCUGCAAGGCCGUGGGCUCCAUCAGCAACACUUCAUUUGAUAUCCGCUUCAACCCCGACAUCUUCUCCCCAGGUGUGCGUUUUCCGGAGGACGCCGUAGAAGACGUCCAGAAGCAGAAGCAGCUCCUUAAAGACGCCGCUGCUUUCCUGGUCACCUGUCAGGUCCCGUCUUUGGUUAAGGACUGUCUGGACCACAGCACACUGCCCAUGGAUGGAGCCACGCUAACCGAGGCCUUGCACCAGAGAGGCAUUAAUGUUCGCUAUUUAGGGACGGUUCUAGAGUUUGUGGACAAGACCCCAGCCAAAGCCCAACUGGAGCACUUCUACAGAAUAGGAAUCAUUGAGCUGAUCACAAGGUGUGCAAAACAUAUCUUCAGGACAUACCUCCAGGGUGUGGAGCUGUCAGCUCUGUCUGCUGCCGUCAGCCAUUUCCUGAACUGCUUCCUGAGCUCCUUCCCUGACGCCGUCGCACACCUGCCGCCGGACGAGCUGGUGUCGCGUCGCAAAAACCGCAAGCGUCGCAACAGGGUCCCCGGCAGCGGCGACAACACGGCGUGGGCCAGCCUGACGCCCAGCGAGCUGUGGAAGAACAUCGCCGCUGAAGCUCAGAGCUAUUAUCACUUUAAAAUCCACUGUGAGAGCGUCGAUCAGGUUGUGGAGAAAUACGGCCUUCAGAAAAUCACCCUGCUCAGAGAAAUUUCAGUCAAAACUGGCAUCCAGAUCCUGCUGAAGGAGUAUAACUUCGACAGCCGUCACAAGCCUGCUUUCACGGAGGAAGACAUCCUGAAUAUUUUCCCCGUGGUGAAGCACGUGAACCCCAAAGCCUCAGACGCCUUCCACUUCUUCCAGAGCGGCCAAGCUAAAGUACAGCAAGGUUUCCUGAAGGAGGGCUGCGAACUGAUCAACGAGGCUCUGAACCUCUUUAAUAAUGUUUACGGAGCCAUGCAUGUGGAGAUCUGUGCCUGUCUGCGCCUGCUGGCCCGCCUUAAUUACAUCAUGGGAGACCACCCUGAGGCUCUCAGCAACCAGCAAAAGGCCGUCCUCAUGAGUGAAAGAGUCCUCGGCAUCGAGCACCCCAACACCAUCCAAGAAUACAUGCACUUGGCUCUGUACUGCUUCGCCAACGGCCAGCUUUCCACCGCCCUGAAGCUGCUCUAUCGGGCUCGUUACCUCAUGCUGAUGGUCUGCGGAGAGGACCAUCCAGAGAUGGCACUGAUAGAUAGUAAUAUCGGGCUUGUGCUCCAUGGAGUGAUGGAGUACGAUUUAUCGCUGAGGUUUCUGGAGAACGCCUUGACCAUCAACACAAAGUAUCAUGGAGCCCGUUCCCUCAAAGUUGCUCUCAGCCACCAUCUGGUUGCAAGGGUGUAUGAGAGUAAGGCAGAGUUUCGCUCCGCUUUGCAGCACGAGAAGGAGGGUUACACUAUUUACAAGAACCAGAUGGGCGAAGCUCACGAGAAAACCAAGGAGAGCUCAGAGUAUCUGAAGUAUCUAACCCAGCAGGCCGUAGCUCUGCAGAGAACCAUGAAUGAGAUCUACAAGAACGGCUCCAACGCCAGCAUCAUGCCACUCAAGUUCACUGCUCCCAGCAUGGCCAGCAUCCUGGAACAGCUCAACAUCAUCAAUGGCAUCAUCUUUAUUCCACUUAGUCAGAAGGAUCUGGAGAACCUAAAGGCAGAGGUGCAGAGGCGGCAGCAGCUGCAGGAGCUGGGAAAGAGCGAGGAGCCCGCUGAGGAUGGCCCACUUGAACUGGAGGACAAAAUCCCAGUUGAUUAACAUUCAAUAGCCCCAGACACAGAUGCUUUCUACUUGAAGGAGAAAGAGAGAGAGAAGCUGUGAAGAAACAGCCAAGUAAUGGAGCCUGUAGACCAGAAAACUAAGUAAAUCAGCUUUGAAAUAAACGUGGUGAGGGUGCGGUCAGAGAAGACUUGGGAAGGGGAAAGAAAAAUAAUGUACAGAAAGCCAAACAUAAAAAAAGGAGUUCCCUACAAAGUAGGCGAGAGAGGGAGAAGGGGAGGGAGGGAGAAACGAAUGAAAUGACAGAUUAAGUGUAAAAGGUGCAAUCAGAAUAACCCUGGACUUGAGAACAUUUCGAUGAAGUCCCUGAAGGUCUUGGCUGCUUAGAAUAAUCAGAUAAAAAAAAAUGCCUACAGCAGGGCGAGAGAGAGACCAAGAAUGACCAUGACAUUAUGUACCAGAGCCUUAUCUGCUGUGACGCCAUGCCCAGUCAUGCUUCUUAUAAGACACACCCCCUAACUUCUCAAAGGUGCUCCGAAUGAAACGGCACCAAGCCUGUCCAAGAACUCAGGGCUUGUUACUACUGUGCACUAACAGACUAGAAUAAUGGAUGUAAACUAGCGAUUUGUUUCCAUCGGGGCCUCAGAAUGUAAACUCCCACCUUUAUACCCUCUUUAAGUCGUGUAGCAAUCAGACUUCAGCCUCAUACAUCCCUGAUCAGUCGUCCUUGGAUGGUGCCCGCCGUGUUUCGCGCCGAGCAAGCCGUCAGCACAGCAAGCUUUGAGCCGAUUCAUUUAAGUUAAUUUGGUGGGGUUAUUUGUUUGUUUGUUUAUGUGUGAUCAUCAGUAAAUUAAAGCCAUGUCUAUUUUAUGGAAGAUGUAUAGAAAAGAGGAAAAAAGCUGUAUAAAUCUUGAUUGAAUUUAGGCAGGUACAGAUCUCAAAUACGUCCACUUUAAACCGUAGAUAUAUUCAGAUAUAUAUAAAUAUAUAUAUACUAGCUGUGUCCAAUCUAUUAUUUUUACAUUCAGAUGGAAUAUACAUGCAUGUGUGUUUGACGGUGUGUGUGUGUCUUUGUGUAGCCUGGUGUGGGACAGGGAGCAGGACUGUUGCUUUCCAAAUGUUUUAUACCUCUGCACACAUUAAAUCGCUGACGCAUAUUUUCUUAAAACAUUCAUGGCCACCAAUGUUGUAAAUCUGCUUAUGUAUGAGGUUGGUUUCUCUACUUCCCACUGCACAAGCGCUCACUGUCGAG